AUGCGGUCGAGUGACUUUUUUGAAGACUCCGAACCCGAGUUUGACUCAACGAAAAAUUCGAAUGGGACCGAUAUCACAGAAAAGUUUUUAUUCAUCACGUGGGGAAUCUUUUUUCUAUUGACGAUACCAUCAGUUGUAGUUUUCUCGAUCUUUCUUCCUACGAUGAAGUACCCUCUCGACGAACUUAAAAACACGAUAGUCAACAACAAAACAUUUGACUUGGCUAUUCAGCCGUCGAGUAUUAUCUUUGAUGGCAUCUUUGAUUUUUCAUGUAAUUCUGUCGAAGCGACAUCAGUCAUUGGUGCGAAUGUUAAACUCCAGAUAUCGGCUUCGAAUGCCGUUUUAAUCAAAACGCAUCGCUUUCAAACGGAUGGGGAGUGUUAUCGAUCUCUCGGAGGGACCAUCAAAUUGAAUAAAAAAUCGAUCUGUGACCCAUCGAAGCCCGAGAGCUUUUUGUUGUUUGGGUAUGAAGACAUGGAUAGUGAGAGUGGUCAAUUCAUCAUCGGGACUAAAAUCAGUGAGAUGACGGAGGACGAAAAGGAGAAUUUGAAAGAUUUAAUUCAAGUGAAUUCCUCAUAUAGUGUGAUGAAUUGGGAGUGUGACUCAGAAUUGAUGGCGAAUCAACCACUUGAUUGGUUUGAUUCAUUUAAUAAUAAUAGCGAUGUUAUUAAGAUCCAGUGUAAUACGAUGAAUCAGACAUUUGUAGUUGACGAUACUAAUAUCUGCUUCACAGCGUAUUUGAAAGGGAAAGAAGGCACUUCCAUACUAAAGUGCUUGACACGAAUAGAAGUUGAGAACGUCAUCUAUGUCCGUACUCCUAAAGAAGACGGCGGAUAUAUCACAAUGUCAUAUGAAGAAUAUAACCUCAUGUUGUCCUCAGACAGCCGAAUAUCAGCGAAUAUCUGCAAACUGGGGAAGACGAAAGAAAUGAAAGGUAAUUGA